ACUGGAGCUGCAAAAUGUGGAACCUGGUGACGGGCCAGGAAAUCGCCUCGCUGAAGGGCCACCCCAACAAUGUGGUGUCCAUCAAGUACUGCAACCACUCGGGGCUGGUCUUCACCGUCUCAACCUCCUACAUCAAGGUGUGGGACCUCCGGGACUCAGCCAAGUGUGUCUGCACCCUCACGGAGAUGUUCCUACCCGCCAGCGCUUGCGUACGCUGACAGAAGUGAUCACAGAGAGUUUCUAGUUGGUACCGUAGUGACCUACUCCUGCAGCCCAGGUUACACACGCAUCCCUGGAGUAUCUCCUCAUGUGGCUUGUCUUACAAAUUUUACAUGGUCUAAAAUCUCAGAACUAUGUCAGAAGACUCGUUGUCCAAAGCCAGUGGUUGAAAAUGGAAAACAAAUCUCUCCAGUGGAAACUGAAUAUACGUAUUCCAACCGUGUGGUGUUUCAAUGUGAUCCUGACUACAUCCUCAGAGGCAGUGAGGGGAUUGUGUGCCGGAGCGAUGGGAUGUGGCACCCUCCAGUACCAUUUUGUGAUAAAUCCUGUGGCCGACCUCCAACUCUCAUGAACGGGCUGCACAAUGGUGGGAUGAAGGAAUAUUUCCCCUAUGAAUCACAAGUGACCUAUAGCUGCGGAGACGGUUUAUCACUGAUUGGAGAGUCCUCCAUUUAUUGCACAUCUGAUGGGGUAAAUAUGAUGUGGAGCGGGCCUGCCCCGCAGUGCAAACUCCAUGACUCUAAAUUACAAAGGGUAGAGGUCCAGGAUUACAGCUGA